AUGUCAGGACGUAGUUCUGAUAUUGCAGGCUAUUUAACGACAGUGUCCAGGAUGCAUCGAGUCAAGGGUUUAGCGGACCCGACUAAAGGUAGUGCAGUGCAAUGUCCGGUAAAUAGUGUUAGAAAAUGGGUAGCACGGGAUGCUGAAGCAGAUUGGCUGAGAGAUCUGUUGUUAGUUGAAGCUAUUAAGUUUUAUUUAGAUUGUCCUCCAGAAAAUAACGAUGAGACAUCCAGGGGAACUUUCAACUUGAAGAAAAAGGACCUUAAGUGGGUUGAUGAUAUCUUGUGGUUAACCAGGAGGUUAGUGUUUAUUGUUCUUGUAACAGUAUUGAGAAUCGAAUCAUUUUGCUUUAGAAAAAGAGGAAAGAGACAUGACGAUGCUCUAUUAGUACCCGUAUGUUGUUUCAUGAAAAGUCACUAG